ACCGCCUUCUCCGUCCAUACGGCUGAAUUAAUAAAGCGUCUAGGCGUUUCCUGUCACCCGACCGGUACCGAAUCACUUCCGCUGCGGUUGCUACGACACGUGACGUCAUUGGCUAUGGCGGACAAGGAGAAGCGCCGGUCCGGGGCGACUCCACCGGGGAUGCCCGAGGGCAAUGCGACCAAAUCGGACAGCGACAGGGAGUUUCUGUCACGAGCAGGAGUCGGAGAGCUGCUCCGCGGCGCCAUCCUGAAGAUGGUGGAGGCCAGAUCGGACGACCCCAUCGGGUUCUUAGCCGACCACUUCUGCAACCUGGCCUCUGUGUCGGAGACCGGCACAGCUGGAUACAGCGAUGUGGAUCAUUUCAGCGACGGCCCGCUGAGCGCAGGCGCGCAGGAGCAGCAGCAUCUCAACCGGGCGCUGUGGCACCUGAGGCUGGCGCACCAUUCCCAGAGAUCUGCCUUCAGCAACAAUGUCCGUGUGGCUUAUGACCUUUUGAAUCUCACUGGGCCCCUCAGGCGUUCGGGUGAGGUCCCUCAGGGACCUGAUGUCUCCUGCACUGAUAGCCCAACUGAGGGAGGUGGAGGUGGAGGAGGAGUGAAGGGAGGCCUCUACACACAGACCCUGCAGUGCCUAUGCAGUGAGGGGGGGGUCCCUGCCUCCACAUCCGCCCCACUCCUCCAGCGCCUCCAUUGCCAGGACCAUGAGGCCGUCCCCUACGAUAUCUUCCGUCACGGUGUGCUCACGUGUGCGGUUUUCUCGGACUAUAUCCGUCAGGCUCAGAGGCUUUACGCUGAGGUGUGCUGCCCGGACGAGGGCCCCGCGUCGCGGGCGCUGUGCCUGUCUGUGCUGGGGACCUUAAAGGAAGCCCUGGAGACUUCCCAAGGCUGCGAGGCAAAUGUCUGUGAUAAUUCAAAUAUGAAAGUGAAUUCCUGUCUGGAGGGUAACGUGAAGGCUUUAUGCUACCUGGAGGCCAGUGCAAAGAUCUCUCCGUACAGGUUAGGGCAGGCCAUGGCUGGAGCACAGGCACGGGGCCCGGGUGGUAACAUGGACGCAAAGGAGUUUGAGAAUGCAGCGGCAGAACUUUUCAUCACUCGAGUGAAGGUUGUGUCCUAGGUUUCUUGUCAAUUUCCACAUACUGUACAACACUCUGAAGUAUAUAUAAUGCGUUCUAUAACCUACACACACAGACGUUACCAAUUCUCUCUACACACUAUAUCCUCUAAUCCUUUUUUUUCUUCUUUCUUUGGAGCACAUCAUUUUUAGAAUGCAUGUUGUUUGUUGUUGUUAAAAUUAACUAACAGAUACCGCGAUGUGGAAAGGACGAGGAGUUCCUUACUAAAGGUUUUUCUUGAGAUCAGCAAUGAUCAAUUAUUGUUCAGCCUUUCACAUAUAAUCGUCGGAUUACGCUUGAUGCAUCCAUAACAAAAACCUUGUAAUAAGUCCUAUAUUUCUUUUGUUGAGAGGGUUGUGGAUUAGGCGCUUGGUGUCUGCUUGGAGGCUGUUGAUUGUGAUGCUAUUGUGUUAAUAUUUAAGUGAUUCUUUUUUUUGUUGUUGUUAACAAUUUAUUAGAGAACCAGUUUGACGGGCGGCUAAUAAUCUCAUAUCCUUGCAUUGUAGCAGAAUUUUAUGGGUAGGCAAUAAACAGACAAUGUUCACUGA